AUGGCAAUACCACACAACACUCUAAUGCAGCUCAAGCCCAAUCUUCGCAAGCACAGGCUGCUGUUUCCCCUUCCACCGCACCUCCCGCCGUCAGUAAUACACCUUCAAGCGCUAAUCCUCAUGCAACAAUCCACGACACCCUCGAUCAUGGGCAUCGCAUGUAGGGAGGAAAAACUUGGCUACAAGUCAACAAUGCUUCUCAAUACGUCUCAAAAAGUGCGACCUUCUCUCCGACCUCACUGCAUGUGGAUGAAGUCAGUUGAACCUUUGCGAGAUCCCCUCUCACGCUCAAUACCCGCCCACCAGUCAAAUGUUAAUCAGCAGGAGCUCGUUCUUAGCGAGUUUAAGACCUUUGACGGCAACGAUGAGGAUCAUAAUGGCCUCACCUCAGUUGUCAAACUCGGGCUUGGAGUCGGAGGCCAGCGCGUCUUUCAGCUCACACUCGAGGACCUUGCCCUCCAUCGUGUUGUCAUCAGCAGGCGCAUCUUUCUCGGGCUGACACAUUUUGCGCACAAGAUCCUCAGCAUGAUCAAGUUGCGAAUCAGCAGUACAGAAGUCCGCGACUUCGCGUUGAUAUCGUUUCUUUUUUGUCUCCAUCAUCCUGCUGGAGAACCAGUUGAGACAAUGUGGCUUGUUGAACAUGUGACUCGACUUCCCAAGCAGGCGCUUCCAUUCGCGCUUAGCUUGCUGCGCGAUGAUGGCUUGCGUGGCAAUCUGAAUAGAAACAAAUCUCAAGCCGUUUUCAAAGGUUUCUUGACUCUCAGGCUGAUCCGAAUUCAGGCAAGACUUCUCGAGCUGCGAUUUUGCACGCUUCACAGAGUAGGACAGAUUCUUUAUCAUAGGGGGGAUGCGCGGAAGCGCACGAAGUUCAUCGUCUGAUGAAUUACUGUCGUCGUCGUUGAUGGGUGCCCGUCGGCGCUCAUAUGGUUUGUGACUCAGACGUGUACUCUGUGGACGUCUGGAAAAGUUGGAACUGUGAUCAGGACUCUUGCUAGUGGCGAUAGAACUCGGAGGACAGGUGAGUUGAUUGUACAUUAUGCGUGUUAUCCUGGAGGCUGCCAACGUGGAGCUCAGACUCGGAUCCAGCUGGGUUUCAAAGUAUCACUUUGACACAUAAUCACCUUGCUUGCAAGGUCAUAAGUAUGCCAUCUGACGAAAUCGGACUAACUGCCAAUAAUAAACCCCAGUGAGAAUCGACAAUAUUUAUAGAUAGAUAGCUAAAAAGAUAAUACCUAUGAAAAAUAUCGAUACCG